AAUCAUUGUUUCAGCUUAAUGAGCGGAAUAAUGGACAAGAACGAAGAUCUUAUCUAUUCUGGAUAGUGUAUUAAAAUUGUUUUAUUAUCAAUAAAGCCACAUUCUUUUAUCACAAAAAUCAAUAAAAUAUUAGAAGGUUCAUUACACAUAGUAAUAAUUAAAAUAUUAAAAUUUAGUAGUUUUAUAAAUAAAAAAAAAUUAUAUUCUUAAUCUUUUUAAUAUUUUUUUAAGUAACUAAUCAAAAUCCGCUAGUGAAACAUAAUAUUUAAAAUGAUUGCAGCACCUAAGUUAUUCUGUUUUACAAAUUGUAUCAAGGUAUCGAGGCUUUCCACAUUACUUAAAAGUUUUCCAACAGAAUAUCAUUUGACUUCUGUUUCCUCUAAGUUUAAAUUCAUCAAUACUAGACCUUGCACAACAUUACCAGUCACUACCAGUGACAAGAAACAAUCAGAAGAAGUUAAAAGUGCUAAGAUGCAAAUUUUUUUUAAAUGUACAGUAUGUAACACCAAGAACAAUCGAACUUUCUCCAAAGUAUCCUAUGAAAAAGGAAUUGUCAUUAUUGAAUGUGACGGUUGUAAAAACAAUCAUUUAAUUGCAGAUAAUUUAGGUUGGUUUCCUGAUAGUGCAGGUAACAAUAUUGAGGACAUUUUAGCAGCUAAGGGUGAAAAAGUUAAGCGUACAAAUGGUUGUUUUGAAUUAUUCGAGAAAUAAAUAUGAAUUAUUAAUAAUUAAUGAAAAUUAAUAAUGAAUGAUAUUAUUUUUAUUGUUAAAAUUUAUAUAUACUAAUCUUUGAAAAUUUUUAUAGUUAGCUUGUAAUAUUGUUGAUUAUAUAUUUUGUUAAUAAAUGUAUGUAUAUAUACAUA